UUUUGGAUGUACUACAUGGCACAAUUUUAAAUGUCAUUGAAUAUGUCCUAUUUUCAAAAAAAUGUUCUAGAAUCUUCUUAAUAAUGACAAGUAUCAUCCUCAAUAAUUGGUUUUAAAUGGUAUGUAAUGACCCGAGUCACAUGAUGAUCUGAAUAUCUAGGUGAAUAUUUAACUGAUGUAGAACUUUAAUGUCCUACAUCAUCCCAUUCAGUUGUUGAUUUAGGACAGCUAAUGUCUACAAGGGUAGGGCGUUGAUGAUGUAUCAAUGAUAUGUCCAAGUGAGUGAAAAAAGGAAGUAUUCAAAAUCUAGAGGAUUUGGCAUUGUGGGGUUUAUCGACCCGAAAUAUUGUUGUUCCUCGUCAUGUAUCUUGUCUGCUUCUUUACGUGGAGUAUGUUUUGCCAUUGACAUGAUAAAUCUUGUUGAUAGCUUGUUGGUUUGCACCCCCAGAGAAGAUGUUUCAGUCGGCAGAAUGUUCUUGUUCUUUCUCCGACAGUUGCCAUAGACUACACUCUAUAAUUCUAACAGUAGAGCAUCUAUGUAAUGUGGUCCAUAAAUCUACCGGGUUCGUGUUUGUUUGAUGUACCAAGGCACUCAUCUGCAGCAUUUUGACUGUUACUGGUAAUCAGACGAAGCAUGAGGAUGAGGUGUUGUAGGUUGUUUUCGUUUGUACAAUGUAAUGUUCUCUUGGAUUGUUCGAAGGCUACACUGUAACAAUUUGAAAGUCAAAGAACGCUUUCUUUUUUCCAUUUCGAUUGUGAAUUUUCUGGAGUGCCCUCUGGAUUCUGGGUCCUUUGAACAUGUACCUUUGAGAUCUUUGCUGAUUCCAAAGUUUAAGUCUGUGGACAGUAUUGUGGCUGUGUAAAACUGUACUAGUUUCGACUGUGUUCAAAACCACAAAAAUUAUCUUUAAUCCUGUAUCAAUCAUGAUUGGAGAUAAUUUCAUCAAAACUACGUCUAUUUCUCUAUAGAACAAGAACAUUCAGAAAUGGCAAUAGGUCCUUUUAACCAAAACAAGUGUGAAGAGUGCUCUUGAUGGAUAGCAUCUGAAGUGGACCAUUUUACCUGAGUUAGGUCUUGGAUAAACACAAUAAAAGGACUUGGUACUUACCCCAACGGAAGUGACCUACCUCAGGAGUAUGAAUCUCUUACCAUGGAUGACUAGCUGAGACAUUGUGACUGGAUCUUCUGCAAAGACACAAAAUUUGAUUUGGAAUAGCAGUGAAUCUUACUAGUGAACUUGGGAUUACUUGCCUUUUAAAAACAAACUUUCAAAAAUGUCUGCGGAACAACCUUAUGGUACUAUGCCCCGCAAUUGGCGGUAUUGGAAUAAAGCAGCAAAUAAAUGUGAUUGGGCAAACCAUGAUAUUGUGAUGACACCGACGAAAAAGGUGAAAGGAAAAUGUCUGACAAUAGAACGGAAGAAGAAAAAUUUGGUGCGGGAUGAAGACGCACAUUUCAAAGCUGCUGGGAAGAAUGCCGGGAUGGUUGUGAAUAAGGAAAUAUCAGACGCAAAUGGUGAUGUCGAUGGCAACCCACAUCUACAGCUAGAAUUCAGGUGCUUCUUAAUAAAUAAAAAAAAUGGUGACAGAAUAGUGGAACAAAGGAAACUGCGGUUUUGGUUCGUGGAAGGCACCGAUCACUUUGGCAGAAUGAAUGCUGCUUACGAUUUCUUCAGACAACUUGUACACCCGGACACUUUCCCCAGAGAUUAUGUAGGCUUUGUGAUGAACACAAUGAAGCAGAUGAAGGACCCUCGCUACAAACCAAUCAGAAAAGUCGACGUAGAAUUGGUACCAUUAGAUAUUAGCGACGCACCUCCACCAAGUCCUGGUCGACUGCAAGAAAUUGCAGUUGUGAGAGAAACUCUGCCAUUGGGACUGAACUGUGGUCGCCCAUUUGAAGUAUCGAAUGAGGUGCCUGGUCUUCCAAAACAAGACAACAGGACUCAUGAGGAGAUCGUCCGGGAGCAACUCCUACUCACCCUGGAGUCGGCCUAUCCUAAUAUCCUCGCCAUGGAUGAUUUAGUCAAGAUUCUUGAUACAGAUGAGAAGACCAUUAGUGCCCAGCUCCGCGAACUCCAGGAUAGAGAACUCGUCCGAAUGGAGGUUGGUGGAUUUAUGCGACAGGUGGAAGACAAGAAAACAGAGGUAAAAGCCGUGAAGCAGUUUAACACGGCCACGACCGGCCAGCGACCAACGAUCGCCAUCAUCACUGCUAUGUAUCACGAGAAGAUGGCCGUGGACGCAAUGAUGCGAGAUAAAACGACAUUCGUCAAGUACAAGAAAGAAGGCGAAUCUAACCUGUACACCAUCGGCAGUAUUGGCAACCAUAAAGUUAUAUCGACCAAGCUUCCCAUGUUGGGUCGACAGAGAACAGCACAAAUCUCUUCGGGAAAUACAACUACUCGACUGCUAGGUACUUUCCUUGAUGUCGAGACUGUCCUGCUGGUGGGAACCUGCGGUGGUAUCCCCCACAUGACCGACUACAACAAACAUCCUCGUCUUGGUGACGUCAUCGUCUCAAAACCCAACGAUGGUGGACCAAUGUAUGUCUUUUGCGACAGAUACCGAAAAACAGACGAGGGCAUCUCCUACAAGACACGCGAUUGGACGCCGAAAAGUUUGGCAUUGCAGAAUAUUGCUGAUCGCCUACGGGAGCAAUUCGAGACGAACCCCACGGAGUGCAUCUGGCAGCAUUAUAUUGAGGAAGGUCUUGCUGAGCUGACCGAGCAGGAGGCAAGUUACGUCCGUCCAAAUGCUGCAUCAGAUCGUCUUUUCAUGAGUAUUGGAGGUCAUGAGGUCAUUGAGAUCGGGCACCCAACCUGUCCCGAGGGGACCCCAGAUUUCCGUAUUUCUGGCGUACCAUGCCUCCGAUCCGGCCCAAUGGGUGCUGGACGCGAUAUUUUGAAAGAUGAUACGCUCCGUCAGGACUUUUCACAGCGUUUUGGCCUCGCUGCCUACAAUACUGAGAUGGAUCAAGUGCUCGAAUCAAUUGUCGGCAACUGCAAAGACGAUUUUAUGUUUAUCCAAGGCGUAGCUGAUUAUACUGAGGGACAUAAGAAUAAGGAAUGGCAACCAUACGCUGCGUUGUCUGCGGCCGCGGUUAUGAGAGCGAUUAUUGAGGAAUAUCCUAAUCCCAACGUCGACCUUUAGAUAUAACAGCUAGUAGACAACAAAUUUAUCAUUAAGCCGCCUUCAGAGGACUUUGUAGGUUUUGAAAGUCAUUGUACCAGGUCAUGGCCUUGACGUGAUUCUAACAGUUGUUAUCUCAAACAAAACACGUCACUGCUAAUGUUUUGUAACCUUGGUGAUUGUUAACUGCUGUGACCUUGGUCAGUGAAGUCAACUUUGCAUCUUACUUUAGGCACUCUUUGAAGGUCAAGGCCAUGACCACUGAACUUAUCCUGAAAGUAGUAUUGUUGCAUAAGUGAUCAUGUUUUGAAUAUGUACAAAACUCAAAUAUCAUGUCCUACUACUCACAAGAUGGAGAUUGAUUUGCCAGUACUUGGGAAUCCAGUCUUUGACUGAUACUUAAAAUCUUUGAAAAACAAACUUGUGGUUUCAGGUCCAUUAAUUUUUUUAAAUAUGUAAUCUUGGGAUCAAUUGCUGGCAUUUCAGUUAUUGUGAUAAGUUUAAUCAACAGAAUAAAACGCAUGCCAAUUUUGAUAGAUGCAAGUAGCAAUCCACACGUUUGACUUCAGUUUACUUUGAGCUGAUUGAGUAUACAUUUCAGUAAGACUUAAUGGUAUUUUACAUGCUUUAAGCUUAAAUUAAACACUCUGAAAGUUCAGGAAAAACUCAUGAAUUUUCAUCUUCAUUUUGUCAUAUUAAAGUGUCAUUUUGUAUAAACUUAAUAUAAUAAGGAAUGUAGGGCUUGUAUUCACCAGCACGAUUUUCAUGAAUCUUCUGUAAUUCUGUUCCUGUAUUGCCUUCCUCAAUUUUGCAUUUUGAAAUGUCAUAGGUCCUCCAUCUUGAUCUGCUCCUUUUCAAUGUGAAGGUGCAAAUCGGAAAUUGUAGAUGUUAAACCCUUGAUAUGUCUCAAUGCAACUUCAAUCCUAUAAUAAUCUACUCUUGCCGAAUUUCAAUUCUAUUUCAAGUACCUGUAUUAGGAAAUGAAGAUCAUCUGCAUAACAGCAUCUUGAGAGAUCAAGGUCUCCAGUUGCUUUCGCCUCCUGAUAUCGCUCCCUCCCGGAACGUGCUGACCCAAAAAGUGUUGUGAAGCUCUUGAUUGGUCAAGGUACCAAACUGCCAAGUGACGAAAUGGUUCCAAACUUCAAGUCUUCUAUUCACUGUCGCUAGAUUCAGUCUUCAUUAUUAUUAUUUACUUCCAUGCAAACGAAAUAUGGCCUAUUCCAUAUCAUCCUGAAUUUCAUGCCAUCACUCGGCACUAAUGACCAAACUUAUGCAACCUGUGUGAGGAAGGAGCACACGAGUGGCUCUGGUUAUUCGAGGAUGCUUCCGUAUCAGAUCCGUUGAUCAACUGAACCUUGGUAGGCAGCCAUUUUGGGUGCAUGAUAGAAUAUAACGCUUUCAGAACAGGCUCCGCUAUUCACUAGAAUGAUUGCUUCGUGUUUGGACAAAAAUGCUGAAUGUAGCUAAAAAAUCUGUAAAUGAAAUUAUCCAGCAGUUUUCCAGUUACCUUUAGAUUGAUUAUAUUAUAUUUACGGGACACUUAGCUGACGUUGUUUGAAUCCAAAUAUCAAAGUGGUAUUUUGUAAGUUACUACUAAGCGGCUGCUGCCAGCUCUUGUCAUGCAUUUGUCGACUAUUCCAAGCCGAGAAUCAACUCUAACAAGAAAUCUACAAGACCCAUUAAAUCUGUACCAGUUUCAAUUAUGGGAUCUGAAGUUCAUCAAAAAAUACACUCACUUCCAAAUGAUGUCAGAUAUGUGUCCCUUCACAUUAGGCAAUAAUAACAGUUGUUUGUUUCACAUCGCCCCCAUCGGCCUAUAAAAAGUUGACCCAUGAGAUGCUGUUCACCUACCUGUCGAUGCAAGAUGCGGGAAUGGCUGGAAAAAAAGAAAUUUUUCAGAUGUGAGGAAAUGGUGUCACGUGGUUUAACUCAUGAACUGCAGCCGAUUUUGUAUUUUUUUGAAACUCUACUUAGUGAUUUGAACUUUGCAUGGCUGAUGUGAAGCAAAUAACAGAAUAUGUAUGGCCUGAAUGAAGGAUUGGCCAGAACUAUUAAGUGAUGUAAAGACUUGUAUCUUUUCUGAUGUAUUUAAAAGUGAUUAGUAAAUGAUGUAUAGAUAUAUAAAGUA